AUGCCCUCUGUUUCUUUUUUAGUUAAUCUGCUUUCAGCAUUAUUCAUCAGUUUUGCAUCCGGAGAAACAGAAGUAAGAUUUGCCGGGCAAACAGAAUUUGUCGUUAAUGAAACCACUACAACAGUUAUUCGUCUUGUUAUUGAAAGGAUAGGAGAGCCAGCGAAUAUCACGGCAAUUGUAUCGCUGUUUGGAGAAGACACUGGAGACUUUUUUGACACAUAUGCUGCUGCCUUCAUACCUGCUACAGAAGCAAAUAGGACUGUCUAUAUAUCUGUUUGUGAUGAUGACGUUCCAGAGGCUGACGAAACAUUCAUUUUCCACUUGACAUUACAAAAACCAUCAGCGAAAGUACAACUUGGAUGGCCCAGGUCUGUUACUGUGACAAUAUUGUCAAACGACAAUGCUUUUGGAAUAAUUUCAUUCAACAUGUCUUCCUUAAUUGUAGUGAAUGAACCCAGGGGCAGAAACGAAUCAGUGCCUCUCACCCUAAUUAGAGAAAAGGGAACUUAUGGAACCGUGACCGUGACUUUUGAGGUAGAAGGUGGUCCAAACCCACCUGAAGAGGACUUAAGCCCAGUCAAAGGAAAUAUCACCUUCCCUCCUGGCAAAGCCGUCGUCGUUUAUAACCUGACAAUACUUGAUGAUCAGAUACCAGAAAACGAUGAAACCUUUUUUGUUGAACUAAAAAGUGUAGAGGGAGGAGCAAAGAUCAGCACUACACAGAACUCUAUUCAAAUUAUCAUUAGGAAAAAUGAUAGUCCAGUACGCUUCACCCAGAGUGUGUAUAUGGUGCUGGAGGAAGAUGAGGUACUCACAAUUCCAGUGGUUCGUGGCAAAGAUGAGGGCGGAAACAUUAUUGGAUCUGAAGAAAAUGAAGUCUCUCUCCGUUACACCAUUGUGACUGGGAAUUCUACAGCUCAUGCCCAGCAAAAUUUAGAUUUCCUUGAUCUUCAGCCGAACACCACUAUUAUUUUCCUACCCUUUGUUCAUGAAGUGUAUUUAAAGUUUCAAAUCGUCGAUGAUGCUGUACCAGAAAUUGCAGAGUCUUUUCACAUUGCACUACUCAAGGACACCAUACAAGGAGAUGCUGUAGUGCUGAGUCCUUCUACUGUUCAGGUCACCAUUAAGCCUAAUGAUAAGCCCUAUGGAGUGCUGUCAUUCAACAGUGUCUUGUUUGAGCAGACAGUGAUCAUUGAUGAAGACCAAAUAACAAGGUUUGAUGAAAUCACGGUGGUCAGAAAUGGUGGAACGCAUGGAAAUGUUUCGGUGAACUGGGUUUUAACUCGCAACAGCAGUGAUCCAUCCCCAGUAACCACAGACAUCACACCCGGGUCAGGCGUUUUACAUUUCGCACAAGGGCAGAUGCUGGCCACUCUUCCUCUGACUGUCAUUGAGGAUGAUUUCCCUGAAGAAGCAGAAGCCUAUUGCCUUCAAAUUUUGCCCCAGACAGUACGAGGAGGUGCCGAAGUGAUGGAGCCCACCAAACUUUUGUUCUACAUCCAAGACAGUGAUGAUGUUUAUGGUUUAAUAACAUUUUACCCUUUGGAAAACCAGAGGAUUGAAAGUAGCCCAAGUGGACGGUUUUUAUCCUUGAGUUUUUCAAGACAAGGAGGAACUAAAGGAAUUGUGAAGAUGAUUUAUUCUGCACUUUACAUUCCUGCUGGAAUUGUGGACCCUUCACGAGCAAAAGAUGGCAUCUUGAAUGUAUCUGCGAGAAACAGCCUCAUCUUCCCAGAGCAGAAAAUCCAAGUUAAAACCAAAUUACCAAUAAGAAAUGAUGCAUUCCUUCAAAAUGGGGCCCAUUUCUUAGUACAGCUGGAAGCUGUAGAAUUGGUGAAUAUCAUUCCUCCAAUCACCCCCAUAAGUCCCAGAUUGGGUGAAAUCUGCAACAUUUCCUUGCGUGUUACUCCAGACAUUGCAAAUGGAGAAAUUGGCUUUACCAGCAAUCUCCCCAUCAUCCUUCAUGAACCAGAAGAGUCUACAGCUGAGAUGGUAUAUGUUGCCUUACAUCGAGAUGGAACUGAUGGUCAAGCCAUUGUGUUUUGGAGUUUGAAGCCCUCUGGCUCCAAUGCAAAAGCAGUGACAGUUGAUGACAUAGAUCCUUUCAAUGGCUCUGUUGUGUUUCUCUCUGGACAAAGUGACUUAACAAUCAACAUUACCAUCAAAGCUGACGAUGUACCAGAAAUGAAUGAAACAGUCACUCUUUCUUUGGACAGGGUAGAAACCGAAAGGUUUGUCGUAUAUUUUGGGAUAAGUGUGGAAAAUCAGAUCCUUAAAUCUGGAUUUACUAGCCGAGAUAUAACCAUUUUGGAAAACGAUGACCCCGGGGGAGUUUUUGAGUUUUCUCCUGCUUCCAGAGGACCCCAUGUUAUAAAAGAAGGGGAAUCUGUUGAACUCAAGAUUAUCCGCACCAGAGGUUCACUUGUCAGGCAAUUCCUACACUACAGGGUGGAGCCAAAAGACAGCAAUGAAUUCUAUGGAAACACAGGUGUCCUGGAAUUUAAGCCAGGUGAAACGGAGAUUGUGAUUACACUGCUUUCAAGAAUGGAUGGGAUCCCAGAGUUGGACGAACACUACUCUGUGAUCCUCAGCAGCCAUGGCGACAGGGUUAGCAAGCUGGGAAGUGCCACUGUAGUCAACAUAACUAUCCUGGAAAAUGAUGAUCCUCAUGGGGUGAUAGAGUUUGUUUCAUAUGGAAUGACAGUAACCAUAAAUGAGAGCAAAGGGGAAGAGGUGUUUGCCGCUGUGUAUGAAAUAAUAAGGAACCAAGGCAACUUUGGGAAUGUUAGUAUAUCCUGGGUCGUCAUGCCAGACUCUACUUAUGAUGUUUAUCCUGCUGAAGACACUCUCUUCUUUGGAGAUCAAGAGUUUUCAAAGAAUAUAACCAUCUACUCCUUGCCAGACGAGAUACCUGAGGAAAUGGAAGAAUUCACAGUUAACCUUUUCAAUGCUACUGGUGGAGCCCGAAUGGGAAAUAUAACCACAGCAAUACUGCGGAUUCGUAAAAAUGAUGACCCAAUUUAUUUUGCAGAGCCUCUCGUAGUGCGCAUUCAGGAAGGUGGUAUUGCUAACUUUACAGUUCUGAGGAAUGGAUCUGUUGACACUGCUUGCACGGUUCAAUAUGCCACCGUGAAUGGGAGAGCUUCUGCUGAGGAAGGAGACUUUAUUGCUGUGGAAAAGGGUGAAAUGCUCAUUUUUGAUAUUGGGAGAAGAGAACGGAGCAUAUCUGUAUAUGUUAAUGAAGAUGGUAUCCCUGAAACAGAUGAGCCAUUUUACAUCAUCCUCUUUAACUCAACAGGUGACACAGUGGUAUAUAAGCAUGGGAUAGCUACCAUUAUUAUUGAAGCUAAUGAUGACCCAAAUGGCAUUUUUUCCCUGGAACCUGUAGAUAAGACAGUAGAAGAAGGAGAGACUAAUGAUUUCUUGAUUUUGAGGAACAGAGGACACUUUGGAAACAUCUCUUUGACCUGGCAGUUGUUCAGGAAUGAUACUGCUUUGGAACCUGGUCAAGAGUUCUACGAAACGUCUGGGACUGUCUGGUUCCUGGAUGGUGAAGGAUCCAAAACACUAACUCUGCAGGCUUUUCCAGACAAAAUUCCCGAAUUUAAUGAACAUUUUAUUCUCAAACUCACCAAUGUCUCAGGUGGGUUCCCAGACUCCGGUGGCCAGCUUGCAGAAAGCAAUCUCCAGGUGAUGGUAACGAUUCCAUUUAACGACGAUCCCUUUGGAGUCUUUGUGAUAGAUCCCAAGAGCCAAGACCUGGAAAUAGCCGAAGAUGUCCUCUCAGAGGACGAUAUGUCGUAUGUUGCCAGCUUUACUGUCUGGAGGCAGCAGGGUACCUUUGGAGAUGUCCGACUGGGCUGGGAAAUACUGUCCCGUGAGUUCAGUGCCGGGUUACCGCCGAUGAAAGACUUUUUGUUGCUUGGCCAUUUCGCCAACUCCGUGCAGGCCCAGCCUCACAGGAGGCGUCCUCACAGUGGAACAGACGCCUUGUACUUUAGUGGAACAGGAGAUGCAUUCGGCACCGUUAGUCCAGAAUACCACGCUCCUAGGAAUAAUUCAAUCGCCAGCUUCACGUUUUCAGCUUGGGUGGUGCCUGAUGCCAAUACCAACGGAUUUGUUAUUGCAAAGGAAAGUAGCAGCGAUGCCAUCUACUAUGGUGUGAAAAUUCAAACCAAUGAGUCUCAUGUGACCCUCAUGCUUCAUUACACCACCGUGGGCUCCAAUGUGACCUUUGUUGCCGAGACAACGGUCAUGAAAUACUUGGAAGAAAAUGUUUGGCUCCAUCUUCUCAUUAUCCUGGAUGAUAGCAUAAUUGAGUUCUACCUUGAUGGAAAUCCAAUGCCCAGAGGAAUCAAGAGCUUGAAAGGAGAAGCAAUUGCUGAUGGUCCUGGGAUAUUGAGAGUUGGUGCAGGGGUGCAUGGUACAGACGAGUUUACUGGGCUCAUGCAGGAUGUGAGAUUGUAUGAGCGCAAAUUAAACAGAGAAGAAAUCUACGAACUUCACGCCACCCCGGCAAAGACUGAUUUGCACCCCAUUUCUGGCUAUCUGGAGUUCCGGCAGGGAGAAACCAAUAAGUCAUUCAUUGUUUCUGCAAGAGAUGAUAAGGAAGAGGAAGGAGAAGAAUUAUUUAUUCUAAAACUAGUGUCAGUCCAUGGCGGAGCUCGUGUUUCCCAGGAGAACAGCACUGCGAGGUUGAGAAUACAAAAGAGUGACAAUGCCAAUGGGUUGUUUGGCUUUACAGGUGCCUGUAUACCUGAGAUUGCAGAGGAGGGAUCCACAGUUUCAUGUGUUGUGGAGCGGACAAGGGGGGCCCUGGAUUACGUGUACGUGUCUUACACCAUCUCUCAGGUCGAUACGGCCAACAUUCAUUACCCUGUGGACGAUUUUGCAAAUGCAAGUGGAACUAUCACUUUCCUCCCUUGGCAAAGAUCAGAGGUGUUGAAUUUGUACGUUGUUGAUGAUGAUCUCCCAGAGCUGAAUGAAUAUUUUCGUGUAACACUGGUGUCUGCAGUCUCUGGAGAUGGCAAACUUGGUUCAACCCCCACCAGUGGAGCAAGUAUCGACGUAGAAAAGGAAACUACAGAUAUCACCGUCAAAGCUAGUGAUCACCCAUAUGGUUUGCUGCAGUUUUCUGUGGGAAUGCCUCCUAGAGCUGGUGAUAAAAUGAUUCGACCUGCGUCCAGCAUCCCACAUAUUACCGUGAAAGAGGAAAUUGGACAAGUCAGGUUACUUGUGGUCCGAGCUCAAGGCCUUCUGGGAAAAGUUCUGGUAAAAUACAGAACAGUUUCUUUGACAGCUUACAGCCCUAAGGAUUAUCAGAGCAGUGAAGGCACACUGGAAUUUCAGCCAGGAGAAAGAUAUAAGCACAUUGCUGUCAACAUCACGGACAAUUCUGUUCCAGAACUGGAAAAAUCUUUUAAGGUUGAGUUGCUUAACUCAGAAGGAGGAGUUGCUGAAUUGUUUCAGUUUGAUGGCAGUGGGAGUGGUGAUGGGGACCUGGAAUUCUUCCUUCCGUCUGUGCACAGGCAUGCCAGUCUUGGAGUAGCAUCCCAAAUGAUUGUGACUAUUGAAGCCUCCGACGAUGCUCAUGGUGUGUUUGAGUUCAGCACUGAGUCGCUCCAUGUCAAUGGAACGGAACCCGAAGAUGGUUACAGCACAGUUAUAUUGCAGGUUGUGAGAAGACACGGAGCUUUGUCUCAAGUAAUUCUACACUGGAACAUUCCCAGUGAUCCUUUUGGAGAUCUGUUCUUCACCUUUGGACAUAUCACUUUUGCAACUGGACAGAUGUGUGCAAACUUAACAGUUGAAAUCUUGCAUGAUGAAGUUCCUGAACUGGAUAAAGUGUUUUCUGUCCUAAUCGUGAAUGUUUCCAAUGGUCGGCUGGGUCUUCAUACAAAUGCAACACUGACAGUCCUGGCAAGUGAUGAUCCAUUUGGACUUUUCAUCUUUUCAGAGAAAAACAGACCAAUUGAAGUUGAGGAAGUAACCCAGAACAUCACUCUAUCAAUAGUCAGGUUACGUGGUCUUAUGGGAACAGUCAUGGUCACAUACCGAACCAUGGAUGAUCGGGUAAAACCACCUUAUUUUGCAUCUAAUGUUGCCAGAGCAACUCAAGGAAUAGACUAUAUACCCAUUUCUGGAUUUGUAGUUUUCAACGCCAACAGGAGUGAGGCAACAAUAACUAUUUCAAUUCUGGAUGACGAUGAACCAGAAAAAUCAGAAUCUGUCUUUAUUGAGCUAUUCAACGUUACUUUAAUAGAAAAAGUACAGCAUCGACCAAUUGCAAAUUCCCCACGUCUUGGACCAGAGAUGCACACCAUAGCCCAUUUAAUUAUAAAUGCCAAUGAUGAUGCUUUUGGGACACUUCAGCUCUCAGCAUCAAGCGUGCGAGUUGCUGAAAAUCACGUUGGGCCUAUUAUCAAUGUGACAAGAACAGGUGGAGUCUUUGCCGAUGUUUCGGUGAAGUUUAAAGCCGUGCCAAUCACUGCGAUAGCAGGUGAAGACUACAGCAUAGCCUCAUCCGAUGUCGUCUUGCUAGAAGGUGAAACGAGCAAAGCUGUGCCAAUAUACAUUAUCAAUGACAUCUACCCUGAGCUGGAAGAAUCUUUUCAAAUACAGCUAUUGAAUCAAACCACAGGUGGAGCCAAACUUGGGACUUUAACUCAGGCAAUCAUAACGAUCGAGGCCUCUGAUGACCCUUUUGGAUUAUUUGUUUUUCAGAUUACUAAACUCACUGUCGAUGAACCCGAGUUCAAUUCAGUGAAGGUAAUCCUGCCGAUAAUCCGCAAUUCUGGGACACUCGGCAAUGUUACUGUUCAAUGGGUUGCCACCAUUAAUGGACAGCUUGCUACUGGCGACCUGCGAGUUGUCUCAGGUAAUGUGACCUUUGCCCCCGGGGAAACCAUUCAAACCUUGUUGUUAGAGGUCCUGGCUGACGACGUUCCGGAAAUUCAAGAGGUUAUUCAAGUGAAGCUUACUCAGGCCUCUGGUGGAGGUUCUAUUGGAACAGAUCGAGUGGCAAAUAUAACUAUCCCUGCCAAUGAUAAUCCUUAUGGCACUGUUGCUUUUCGACAGUCUGUGUAUCGUGUUCAAGAGCCUCUGGAAAGAAGUUCCUGCGUUAACAUAACCGUCAAGAGGAGUGGAGGACGAUUUGGACAGCUGCUGCUAUUCUAUAGUACCUCAGAGAUUGAUGUCGUGGCUCUUGCGAUCGAGGAAGGCCAGGAUGUAUUCUCCUAUUAUGAGCCUCCAACCCAAAGUGUUCCUGACGGACAUUGGAGGACUUGGGUGAAUGUUUCUGCAGCUGUGGAUCCUCAGCACACCUGUGCUGUUCUUUGUCUUAAAGAACAAGCCUGUUCAGCUUUUUCUUUUUCUGAUGCCUCCGCAACCCCCCUGUGUUUCUGGCUGACACCGGAGAUGGGCCUAACCAGCAACUACUCGGGAUUUCGGACCUAUCGAAAGAACGCUACCAGCGUAUCUUCCCUGUUUAGUAGGCAGGCCGUGGCCGGUAGCGACUACGAGCCCGUGACCAGGCAGUGGGCCAUCAUGAGAGAAGGAGACGAGUUUGCAAACCUCACCGUUUCUAUCCUUCCCGAUGACAUCCCCGAGUUCGACGAGAGUUUCCUCAUCUCCCUUCUAAAGGUUGAGCUCAUGAACGGAUCAGCCGGCUUGGAAAUCCAGCCAUCUGUCGGACAGCCAAACAUCUCUACGGUGGUCAUAGCGCUGAAUGGUGAUGCCUUUGGAGUGUUUGUGAUCUACAGCAUCAGCCCCAAUACAUCCGAGGAUGGGCUCUAUGUGCGAGUUGAAGAAGAGCCCCAAAGCUCGGUCCAGCUGUUGAUCCACAGGACUGGGGGUAGCCUUGGUCAGGUGCUUCUGGAGUGGCGUGUUGUGGGUGGAACAGCUAUCAGUUCGGUGGAUUUUAUAGGGGAAGGCGAUAUUCUGACUUUUGCAGAAGGGGAGACCAAAAAGACCAUUACUUUGACCAUUUUAGAUGAUUCGGAGCCAGAGGAUGAUGAAAGCAUUGUAGUCGGCUUAGUCUACACAGAAGGGGGAAGUAGGAUCCUGCCCAGCUCGGACACUGUCACCGUGAUCAUUUUGGCCAAUGAUCAUGUUGCAGGAAUCAUUAGCUUUCAUACAACUUCCAGAUCUGUCAUUGGGCUUGAAGGAGAAACAUUGCCAUUCCAUGUUCUGAGGACUCCCCCCGGGCGAGGAAACGUUUCAGUGAACUGGAAAAUUAUUGGGGAGCGAGUAGAGCAGAACUUUCUUAAUUUUACAGGAGAGAUCUUCUUUCCCGAGGAGUCCUUGAACCAAACAUUUUUCGUGCAUUUGUUGGAUGACCAUAUUCCUGAGGAAAAGGAGGAAUAUCAAGUAAUUCUGUACAAUAUCAACACACAGGGAACCUCUUCAGCAGGAAUGGCUAUCCUCGACAGCCAAGGCUACGAAGCUGUCUUAACAGUGGAGGCCAGUGAUGAACCACAUGGAGUUCUGAAUUUUGCUCCUUCAUCCAGAAUGGUUUUUGUGCAAGAGGCCAACAGAACUGUCCAGCUUUUCAUCAACAGAGAGUUUGGGUCACUAGGGGUUAUCAACGUUACAUAUGCAACAGUUCCUGGAAUGCUCAAUGUACAGAAUCAGACAGAAGGUCACCUGGCUGAAGCUGGGGUUGAUUUUGUGCCAGUGGUUGGCUCCUUGCUUUUGUGGGAAAGGGAAACAUCAGCUGCCAUAAACAUUACUAUCCUAGAGGAUGACAUACCGGAACUGCAAGAAUAUUUCCUGGUUAAUUUAACUUCAGUAGAACUUAUCAUGGCUCCUCUGACUUCAUUUCCUCCAAGACUUGAUGCAGAAGGCCUGACUGCUCAGAUUAUUAUUGAUGCCAAUGAUGGAGCCAGAGGAGUCAUCGGGUGGCAAAGUACCAGGUUUGAAGUAAAUGAAACUCAAGGAAGUGUAACCUUAGUCGCCUACAGGGACAGAGGGGCCUAUGGCAGUGUGUCCUUAUUCUUGUAUGGUCAGAAUUUGGAAGCACAGCUGGGAAGGGAUUAUAACAUUACCCCAACGGUUCUUCAUUUUGCUGAUGGGGAAAGGUAUAAAACUGUUGAUGUCAUGAUUCUUGAUGAUGAGAUUCCUGAAGGAGAUGAGACGUUUCAGGUUAUUUUAACUAAUCCCUCCCUUGGACUGGAGCUGGGAGAGAAUACGACAGCCUUGAUUACCAUCCUCGCCAACGAUGAUGGGCCUGGAGUUUUAUCUUUUAACAACAGUGAGCACUUUUUCUUGAGAGAACCAACAGCUCGCUUUGUAGAAGAAAGCGUUGCGGUGUUGCACAUUGUCCGGGAGCCUGCCCAAGGACUGUUUGGAACUGUGACAGUUCAGUUUGUUGUGACAGAGAUCAACUCUUCAGAGGUGUCUGAAGAUCUGACUCCUUCAGAAGGAUUCAUCGUGCUGGAAGAAGGGGUUCGAUUUAAGGCUUUGCACAUUUCUGCUGUAUUGGAUUCAGAACCAGAAAUGGAUGAACAUUUCAUUUGCACUUUGUUUAACCCUACUGGAGGAGCUAGAUUGGGGAUGCCUGUGGAAACAAGGAUAACAGUCUUACAGAACCAAGCCCCCCUUGGACUGUUCAGUAUCUGUGCAGUAGAAAAUAGAGCCACCUCCAUAACCGUGGAAGAAGCCAACAGGACAGUUUAUUUGAAUGUGUCCCGAAGUAACGGGUUGGAUUCUACCGUGAGUGUGGAAUGGGAGACACUCUCUGAAACUGCUUUUGGCAUGAAGGGAGCGGAUGGUGUGUUGUCCGUCCUUCAAAGUUUUUUGGAUGAGCCAGCUUCUAGUUGGUGUUUCUUCACAUUAGAUGAAUCUUUGUAUGGUAUAAUGUUAAGAACAUCUUCAGCAGGAAUUUCCUCUCUCUACCGAUGGCAAGGCAUUUUUGUUCCUGUUGAGGAUUUUAGCAUCCGGAGUCCACAUAGCUGUGUGGUGUUCAAUGUCAGUGGCUCUCCUUACCUCGUGAUUACGCACCGAGAAACACAUCAAGAAAAACCUUCUCUAAAUGCCAUAUACACCUUCGCACCAGAGUUAAGAUUACUCCUGGUGCAAACCAUCAGAGUUGCAGAAAGCAAUGCAGUAAAACAUUUUACAUCCGACAACCAGGAUUAUUUGAUUGUUGCCAGCCAAGGUGAUGAUUCGGAGUCAACUCAGAUCUUUCAUUGGAAUGGUGAAAUCUUUGUGUGGCAUCAAAAACUCCCUGUCCACGGAGUGCUGACCGUGGCCCUGUUUUCCAGAGGAGGAAGUGUGUUCCUAGCGGUCUCCCCAUCUGACAACGGGCUGAAUUCUCUUUUGUUCAGAUGGUCGGGGAGUGAGUUUAGGAAAUUUCAGGAAAUAUCUGCCACAGGGACAACAGCAAUGGAGGCACUGACUUCAGGAGAUGAUGUUUAUUUAAUUUUUGCUAAAGAAGGAGCCAGGAAUGCCAUAGAUAUUCACGUGUGGGAGGCAGGGCGUUCUUUUUUCACCUCUCUUCAAACCCUGGACUUUGGGACAGCACACAGGAUCCACUCCUUCAUGCCUGCUUCAGGGAGAGUCCAUAUACUCCUUGCUGGCAAAGAAGAAUCAGCACUCUACUACUGGAGUCCAAAGUUGAAUCAGUUCUCAUUCAUGUUAAGAGCACCCCCUGCUAACAGCUUUGCUUCAGUUUCUUUGAGGUCCCGUAAUUCAAGCAAAAGUCUGAUUGCUCUAGCAGGAGAAGUUCAUUCUCAAAUUUUUGAACUGACCUACAUUUCUAAUCAAUCAGACUUCAUUCCUAGUUCAGGCGAAUUGAUAUUUGGACCUGGGGACAGGGAAGCCAUAAUAGCAGUCAACAUCCUUGAUGAUGUAAUCCCCGAGGAGGAAGAAUCUUUCCGUGUGUGGCUUAAAAAUCCUCGAGGGGGAGCAGAGAUCGGUAUCAAUGAUUCCGUAACAAUAAUUAUUCCGCCCAAUGAUGAUGCCUAUGGAUUGAUUGCAUUUGCUCAGACUUCUUUGCAUAAGCAAAUGGAGGAAAUGCACCAAGAUAGCUUGAUUACCUUGAGUGUUGAACGAUUGAGAGGAACUCAAGGCCGGUUAACUGUGGAGUGGGAAGCUGAUGGAAGCCCUAGUGAUCGAUUUCCCACAUCAGGAGUGAUUAUGUUUUCCGAAGGCCAGUCUCUGGCCACGAUCACCCUGACCAUCCUCGCCGACGACAUCCCAGAAUUUUCAGGGGCAGCUACCGUCACUCUCGUCCAAGUUACCACAGUGGGUAUUAAGGACCCUUCAAGAGGUGCUACCAUUGAUCCGAGACGGAAGAGGGCUGUGAUCACCGUUCUGCCAAGUGGCUCGCCUCAUGGCGUCAUUGGCUGGCACCCUGAAUCUCUCUUUGUAAGAGUAGCAGAGCCUGAAGGAAAUGCCACCGUGGUUAAUUUAAAAAUUGUUCGAGAACAAGGAUUUGCUGGAGACAUUGCGAUCCAGUUGGCUUCGCAACCCAAUUUUUCACUGCAUCCCGCUAAUCGAGCCAUUGAACAUCAAGAUUACCUGGUCCACGAGAAAUUACUAAUCAUGGCAGAAAAUGCAAAUGUGACUCAUGUGAAAGUAAUCAUCAUGCCGGAUGAUAUUCCAGAAUUAGAGGAAGGAUUUGUUAUUAAUAUUACUGAUGUGCAACUAGUAGAGUCUUCUCCAUCUGGAGAACACCCACGAGUGAAGAGGCCUGGGCUAGAAAUAGCUGAAGUAGUGAUCAGUGAAAAUGAUGAUCCUGGAGGUGUAUUUCAUUUCAGCAUCGCUAGGGAUCUAAAUGGAGCCGUUGCUGGCUUUGAGGUCCCUCCACCACUGAACCUAUUAAGGCUGCCAGUGGUUCGGGGGGCCGGAGCGUUCGGUAUCGUGACGGUCUUCUGGGAAGCGACACCCGCUAGUGCAGGCCUGGAAGACUUCACACCAUCUCAUGGGACCCUCAUCUUUGAGGAUGGACAAGCCACUGCAAUGAUAGAAAUCACAAUAAUCGAUGAUGAAGAGGUUGAAUUUUUGGAGAUGUUUAACGUUACCUUAUUGGGAGUGACUGGAGGUGCUCGGCUUGGGGAUGACAUUGUGGUGACUGUGAUUAUCCCAUCUAAUGACUCCCCAGGUGGAGUAUUUGGAUUUAGAGAACAGACCGUAACGGUCCACGAGGCCCAGUUCCCGGGUGACCCAGCUGCACUUGUGACAUUAACAGUCGUUCGGAGCCCUGGAGGAACUGGCGUAGUCCAGCUCGAAUGGACUCUGGACGAGGGUGCCAAAGAUGACCUCAGUCCUCUGACUGGAACCCUUCACUUUGAUGAGACUGAAUACCAGAAGACCAUUGUACUCUAUGCCCUUGCGGAUGCUGUGGUGGAGAGGGAUGAGAGCUUCAUCAUUCAGUUAACAUCUCUCGAGGCUGAAAUAUCUCCAGUAUAUGGAAAAGCGACUGUUACCAUCCUCGGGGAGAGAGGUGCAGCAGGAGAAGUUGGGAUAGCACCAUCAUCCAGCCAGGUUCUCAUCGGGGAGCCUUCAGCUAAAUAUAAUGGAACUGCCCUAAUCAGUUUGGAGCGUGGGCUCAGGAGUGUUGGUGAAGUCACAGUGUAUUGGAAAAUAACACCCCCUCACGAGGCAGAAUUUGCGGAGACGUCAGGAAUGGUGAUAAUGCGAGAUGGACAGGCUACAGCUACCAUAAUAAUUCAGGCCUUGGAUGAUGACUUACCUGAGGAAAGGCACUUGUACCAAUUUCAGCUCACUGGGAUCAGUGAGGGAGGAGUCCUGAAUGAAUCUAGCAAAACAGCCUGGAUCACAAUGGCUGCUAGCGAUUUCCCCUAUGGCUGGUUUGGCUUUUCACACGAACUGCUCCAGACCUCAGAAGUAGAACAGAUGGUUAACGUCACCGUAAUCCGCUCUGGUGGACAUUUUGGCCAAGUGAAACUCUGGUAUCAAACCUCAAGUGGGACAGCCGAGGCAGGGUUGGAUUUUACUCCUGCUUUUGGGGAACUUCUGUUUGAGCCAAAGGAGGAAACAAAAGUGAUACACAUUGAAAUCCAUGAUGAUGAGCUUCCCGAGGGCCCCGAAGAAUUCUCUCUAGCAAUUACGAAAGUGGAACUCCAGGGAAGUGGGUACGAUUUUGCUAUGAGAGAAAAUGGACUUCAAGUGGAUCAACCUCCUGAGAUUGGAAACAUUUCCACCAUUCGGAUCAUAAUUAUGAAAAAUGACAAUGCAGAGGGUGUCAUUGAAUUCGAUCCAGAGUAUUCCGCUAUUGAAGUGGAAGAAGAUAUUGGAAAGAUCAUGAUUCCAGUGAUGAGACUACAUGGAACUUAUGGCAACGUUUCAGUGGAGUUUAUCUCCCGAAGUAUAUCUGCCCUUCCAGAGGGAGUGGAUUACAGUGUCGAAGGCCAUUCAGUCAUCUUUCUCCAUGGACAGAACCAGAGUUUUAUCGUUGUCACCAUCGUCGAUGACAGUGAAAGCGAAUUUGCCGAGCAGUUUGCAAUCCAGCUGGUUGGAGCGUCUGGUGGAGCAGUGCUGGGGCACCAUCUAGUGAGUCGCAUCACCAUUGCCGAGAGUGACUCGCCCUACGGGAUUGUGCGGUUUCUCAACCAGAGCAAAAUUACUCUCCCCAACCCCAACUCCACGCUACCUUUGCCUCUGGUGCUGGAGAGGACCGGAGGGCUCUUGGGAGAGAUUCAGAUUGAUUGGAACAUUCUCGGACCGAAUUCGCAGAAAGUCCUACCUGCCUUGAACAGUGAUAUUGGAGAGCCAGUGAGUGGAUCCUUUUAUUUUGGCGAGGGAGAAGCCGGCUCGAGGACCCUAAUUCUGACCAUUUAUCCUCAUGAAGAAAUUGAAGUUCAAGAAGUCUUCAUUGUACAGCUUUACCUUGUGGAAGGGGAAACUGAGCUAGAUCCCCUUGCAAAAGAUGUCACGUUAAUAAUUCAAAAGUUUGGUGAUCCAAAUGGAGUGAUCCAGUUUGCUCCUCAGUCUUUAAUCAAGCAGAACUAUACGGAGCCAUCCACGGAGGAAGGACCACAGAACAUUACAUUCCUUGUCAAACGAACCCAGGGUGUUUUGGGGGAUCUGAUGGUACAUUGGGAACUGAGUAGCGACUCUGAUAUCGCCACGGACUUCCUCGCUACAAGAGGGUUCCUCGUCAUGGCCGACGGGGAGAGCUCAGCCCGCUUGGUUUUGCAGCUGCUGCCCGACGACGUGCCGGAGUUGGAGGAGGAGUACGUGCUCCAGCUGGUCUUGGUGGAAGGUGGAGCGGAUCUGGACCGGGAGAGAAGCCUCACGAGGUUCUCUGUCUUGGCCAACGGUGACCCACACGGAGUGUUUGCCUUAUACCCAGGGCGGCAGAAGGUUGUGGCGGAGAGGGACCUGAGUCGCCACAUCCGAGUUCACGUGACCCGCCUGGCGGGGACGUUUGGCAGGGCGGCCGUGGACUAUCGAGUCUCGUCUGAGCACCGGGGGCAGCCGAUGACAGAGUACACAGAGGGGCGCCUGGUCGUCGGAGAGGGCCGCAGUUAUGGAGUAGCCACGGUGCCGAUAAUUAACCAGGUGUUUCUGCCAGUGGGUUUUAACUUCACCCUCGAACUGUUGGACGUGGUCCUCGUUGAUGGAAAGGCCUAUGGCACGCCGAAGAUAGAGGAAGAAUCCAAGUUCGCUGUUCUUCCUGUCCCCGAGGACGCUGCUAAUUCUGAGGUGGGCUUCACAGCCACUGCUUUUCGACUCACAAGCAUUGAUGCGGGCACAAGCCUUGCUGUCAUAUCCAGAAAAGGCUCAUUUGGCUAUGUUUCUGUUACUUGGAACUCUGGGUACCUGCCUGGUUUUAUUCCUGAGUUUGUUCAUUUAGGCAACAUUACCCCAGGAUUUGGUGUUCUUACGUUUUCUCAUGGAGAACAAAGUAAAGACAUUUCUCUGCGCGUCACUCCGAGCCCUGGUAGACCAGAGGUAUUUGCCCUUCAUCUCUCCGCAGUGCAGACCAACGUAUCUGGUGGGGCCCGGCUGAGAUCAGACUUCACGGUGGCUGAAAUUGAACCAAUGGGAGUCUUUCAGUUUGCCCCAGACUCAAGAUCUGUGGUAGUGACAGAAGAUGCACCAAAAGCCAGAUUACACAUCCAGAGAUUGUUUGGUUUCCGUGGUGAUCUUAUAAAACUGAUCUAUCAGACCUCUGAGGGAAGUGCCAAGCCAUUGGAAGAUUACAGUCCUGUUCAAAAUGGUGAACUGUUAUUUAAAAAUUUCCAGACUGAUAUUGACUUUGAAAUCACCAUCAUCGACGAUAGACUUCCUGAGACGGAAGAAGUUUUUUAUGUCAAUCUGACGUCUGUCGAGCCCAUUGGACUCCAACAAUUUGAUUCCAGUUGGAGGCCACGUUUUAAUGCAGAUUUCAGUGUUGCGGUCAUCUCCAUAUUGGACAACGAUGGCAGAAGUGGGGUUGAUGCUUCUGAACCUGAAUUAGCUGUUGUUGAUGGGACCGUCCCGGCCACUGCAGGGAGAACCGUCUGGGAGGGAGCCCCCACUGGGGUCCCCGACCUAGCUGUCACAGCUGUCUUUGGGGAGAUUGGUGUCGAAGUGGCUCAGAAGACGGACACUGCAGCUGGCUUCAGGGUAACCGAUGCAGGUGCUGUCUCUGUGGCAACUCCCACUGCGGCCCUUCCUGAGGAAGCCAAGACUGCUAUGGCCCCCGAAACAACGGAGGUGGUUGUAGUUCCUGAGGCCCCCUCCGUCGUCGUGGUCACUGAAACUGCAGUCAGCCCCGGGACCACGGAGGCUGCUUCUGUCCUCAAGGUGACGGAGACAAGCGGGACCGUUGUGGCCUCUUUGGCAACCACAAUUGCUGCCACCGUCCCCCGGGUGACAGUGACUCCUGCCAUCCCUAAACCAAUUGAUGAAGUCACUGUCUCUGAUGUAGGCUUUUUUUCCAUGGCAACUGUCAUUUCCACCGUCUCCAGGACAACAGACAUGAUGCUUAUCCCUGAAGUCCCUGACAGCAGUAUCUUAGAGGGCUCUGAUGAAGCCAUUUUCCCUGGAGGACCUGGGCUGUCCAUCCUCUCUGAAGCAACUGAAACAGUCUCGGAUGAGGAAAUGGAUGCAGCAGUGGCUGAGACCACCAAGAAUGGAAUAUUUAGUCUUGGGCCAUCGUUCAUUUACACUGAAGAAGGCAUGAAUAACAGCUUCCCCAGUGUAGUGGAAAUUCUGAUCCGAAGGACCCAAGGGUGGACUGGUAACGUUAGCCUAACGGUGAAGACUUUUGGGGAAAUUAGUGCCCAGCGUGGACUAGGAGAAGUUCCCUUCAGGGUCACCCAUGGAAUUUCUAACAUUACCUGGGCCACCGAAGGAGAGGAUUUUGAAGAGCUCUCUUUUCUCCUUACGUUUAUGGAUGGAGAGAAAGAGAAGAAAGUAUCUGUGCUGAUCUUGGAUGAUGAUGAGCCUGAAGGACAGGAAUUCUUUUAUGUUUUCCUCAGCAGCCCUCAGGGUGGAGCUCAGGUUGUACAAGAAAAGGAUGAAGUGGGAUUUGCUGCUUUUGCGGUCAUCAUCAUCGCAGGGAAUGAUCUUCAGAAUGGCAUCCUAGGAUUCAGUGAGAAGUCCCAGAGUGGGCUUGUAUUGGACGAAGAUGCUGAUCAAAGAAGAGUGCAUCUCACCAUCACAAGGCAACCUAACAGGGUUUUUGAAGACGUCCAGAUUUUUUGGAGGGUCACGUUGAACAAAACAGCAGUUGUGCUCCAGAGAGACGGAAUAAACUUGGCUAAUGAACUGGUGUCUGUGUCAGGAACCGUAACCUGUGCUGCGGGACAAACAGAAUGCCUGUUCUAUAUUGAGCUCAAACCCGAUAAGAUACCUGAAUUUGAAGUCGAUUUUUUUGUGGAGCUCUACGAAGUGGGGGUCGGAGCAGCGGUGAACAGCAGUGCCAGAUUUGCCCACCUGACAAUCCUGGAAAGUGACUCUCCUCGAGGCCUCAUCUACUUUGCUGUGGGAUCUCGGUUAGCCGCAGCUCACAAAAAGUCCACGGUUCUCAGUCUGCAGGUGGUUCGAGAAGCUGGUGCCACCCUCACCGUGUCGGUUAACUUUAGCAGCCGGGAGCUGAGAAGAGCAGAAGAGGUUGGCCGUACCAUCGUAUCUCCGGCUAUCGCUGGAAAGGAUUUUGCCAGAGCCGAAGGCACCCUGGUGUUUGUACCCGGGCAGAGAAAUGCGGCAUUAGAGGUCAACCUAACCCCAGAGACGGGCUCUCUCAAUCCAUUUCCCAAGCGCUUCCAGAUUGUGCUCUCCAACCCCACGGGCGGAGCCAGGGUCGAUGGGGCCUACGGCACCGCCAACGUCACCCUCGUGUCGGACGCCGAUAGUCAGGCCGUGUGGGGGCUGGCUGACCAGUUGCACCAGCCCCUCAACCCCACCAUUCUGGACCGGGUGCUCCAGACUCUGAACACCAGAGUGGUCACUGAAAUGACUGAAGAACAGCUCAGUGCCGUAAUGCACAUAACAGAUAAGGUGGCGGUCGAAGGCGAAAAUCAAGCUUUCAGCAUCGAGAGCCGAAAUCAUUUCUACGAGAUCCUCUGUGCUCUUCUUAACCCAAAGCGUGAAGACACCAGGAGGUUCAGUCAUUUUGCCGAUGUGACUGAGAAGUUUGCAUUUUCUCUUCCAACAGGGAUAGCAUGUGGCUCUCCUGGGGAGAAAGGCAGAACCAUCUUGGACACUUGCCCAUAUCUGUCUAUAACGGCCCUUCACUGGUACCCCCAGCAGAUCAAUGGUCACAGAUUUGAAGGGAAGGAAGGGGAUUCCAUCCGCGUUCCUGAGCGCUUAUUGCAAGUUCCCAUUGCCCCCUUUCUGGGGGAAGUGGGCGGGAACUGUAAAUUUGUCCAGUUCACGGAGUACAGCAGCCAGCAGUGGUUCAUUACGGAUACCACAGGGCCUGCCCUGAAAAACAAGAUUUUGUCUCUGAGUGUGAAGGGUCAGAGUUCAUAUCCACUAACCAACAGCAACGAAGUUCUCUACCGGAUCUACGCUGCCGGACAGCGAAUCAUUCCCCAAAAGUCUUCUUGUCUCCUCUGGAAUCGGGCUGCAGCGAGCUGGUUGUCUGACAGUCAGUUCUGCAAAGUGGUCGAUGACAAUUCCGACUACGUGGAAUGUGCCUGUUCCCACAUGUCGACCUACGCAGUCUCUGCCCAGACAGACAGCUUGUCUUCCUACAAUGAAGCCUUUUUCUCUUCUGGAUUUAUUUGUAUCUCAGGUUUUGGACUGGCUGUUCUCUCUCAUCUCCUCUGCGCCAGGUAUUCCAUGUUUGCCGCUAAGCUGUUGACUCAUAUGAUGGCUGCCUGCUUCGGGACUCAGGUGGCAUUUCUGGCUUCCGCGUACGUGAGUCGCCAACUGUCAGAGGAGAGCUGCUCAGCCCUGGCCGCCGUUACCCACUACCUUUACCUCUGCCAGUUCAGUUGGAUGCUCCUUCAGGCCGUGAAUUUCUGGUAUGUCCUGGUGAUGAAUGAUGAGCACACAGAACGACGUUAUCUCCCCUUCUUCCUUCUGAGUUGGGGACUUCCGGCUUUUGUUGUGAUCCUGCUCUUGAUCGUUCUGCGAGGGAUCUAUCAUCACAACAUGUCUCAAAUCUACGGCUUGAUCCACGGUGACCUGUGCUUUAUCCCAAACGUCUAUGUGGCCCUCUUUGCUGCGGCUCUGAUUCCCCUGGUGUGUCUAGUGGUGGUGUUGGUGGUAUUCAUCCAUGCCUAUCAGGUGAAGCCUCAGUGGAAAGCCUACGAUGACGUCUUCAGAGGGAGAACAAAUGCGGCAGAAGUCCCGCUGAUCUUAUACCUCUUUGCUCUGAUUUCCGUCACCUGGCUGUGGGGCGGACUGCACCUGGCGUACAGGCACCUCUGGAUGCUCGUCCUCUUCGUCAUUUUCAACAGUUUGCAGGGCCUGUAUGUGUUUGGGGUGUAUUUCAUUCUGCACAACCAGACCUGCUGUCCCAUGAAAGCCAGCUACACGGUGGAGAUGAAUGGGCACCCGGGGCCGGGGGCAGCCUUCUUCACCCCGGGCAGCGGCCUGCCUGCCACCGGCACUGAGAUAAGCAAGUCCACUCAAAACCUCAUCAGCGCCAUGGAGGAGGUCCCGGCUGACUGGGAUCGGGCCUCCCUGCGGCAAGCGGGCCGGGCGAGCCCAAAGACCACUGCUGCCUCCCCUCCUUCCGCUGGCACCGAGGAGGAGGAAGCCCAGGAGUUUGACGACUUGAUCUUCGCAUUAAAAGCCGGUGCCGGGCUCAGCAUCAGCGAUAAUGAAUCUGGCCAAGAGAGCCAAGAAGGCAGGACCGGGGCCGACUCGCAGAUUGUAGAACUUAGAAGAAUACCUAUAGCCGACACUCACCUCUAGCGCCCUUAAA